AUGGUCGCCCAUAUAAAGCUUUUUGAUACAGCCUCUAAUUCCGAUCUCGUUGAUCAUGUAGGUGAAUCCUGCGUCGGUGAUAUGGAAACAGCCGGUAAUGUUGAUGAUGUUUGGACGAGGACCGACGAAAUUCGUGAUCUGGAUCAAACUACUAUCGUCAAGAUCCCGUUUCCAUGGAAGUCAAUUGGUGGUAGAACAGGCUUUGCAAAGUUGUCGACAGGAUCAAACGUGGUUACCGACUCUGUUGAGAUACCCGGUGUAUAUGCUGGAGAGCUCAUUGAAUAUUCGGAGUCGAGGUCGCUGUUCUGCCCUGUCCAGGCUAUGUUUUUAAACGUGGGUCUUUGGUCGUGGUCUGAAAUGAGCAUGGACGACACCAUUCUGUCUUGUGGCGUGAUAUUUGUAGAUUGUAUGAGGUCUCCGAAGGAGUCGUUGCUCUUCAGCCGUUCGCCAGCUGUAAUUUUCAUAUCUUCAGAAACGGCUGGAUAUCUGUUGCACAGAUAUUCUAAAACGUUUCCCUUGACAAUAAUCUUGAAGUCUUUGAUCUCGACCUUGAGCGCCAGGUCAUGGAACACCUCGUUUGGAAGAGACUGGAAUAGUGGCAAGCUACUCAGAAAUUCUCUGACGGAAAUGGAGUUGUCGAUAUUUCCCAACGGAGCAGACGCCACAUGUCCGAUAUAUGCGCUGUUUGUGUCGAAUGGGUUGGUGUUUGAGAAUAAUGGCAUAGCGGUUUCUGUUGUAGGCGGAAGAGACGGUCCUGGAACUUGA